AUGACGAGAUUGGACCACGUCCCGCCGCGCCCAGCUGAGAAGUCCGCCGAUGCCAAAUUGAGGCGCAAGAUCAAGAUCGAUAGCCACUAUCCCUCGGCUUCUUCCGCGGCGUCCUCGUCUUCUUCGCCUCCGCCAUCGGACGUCACAUACGUCUCUUCCUCCGCGUCCGGCAGCGCUGCCACCUCUCCUCCCCCUCCUCGAGAGCUUUCCACCAACAAGCACUCCCCCCGGCAUCGUGCAGUCAUACCAGACUCGUCUUCCGAUUCGAUGUCCCUGGAUGCAAGCCUCCACGAACAAGAGAAAAAAAGGUCCACCGGCCCAAUCGGCAGAGAAUCCGCCAACUCUGACAACCGUCACAAGCAAAAAGUCAAGCGUACAUCGAAGAUCGCCGAGUCCAAAGCGUCACCGUCUAAGCCAGUAGUUCCGGCCGUCAUCGCAGCGGCUGCCUCGACUCCUCUCCGCAGCACCUCCAAAAGGAGCGCUGCGCAAGCAGCCCAGAACAACAUUCAGCUCUCCUACUCCGACUUCGCUCCUGACGAGGAAACAGCUCCAGUCCAGAAAAAAAUGAGACCUUCAACAUCGCCCCGCUCCACUACCUCAUCUCCUUCCAAGCCUGACCGCAGAGGUCGUGACGCAUACCGUGCGCCAUGUUCAACCGCCAAACGCGAGCUAAAAGGUGUUUUCAUCGGCUCGUCCUCGUCGCAGGCCUUGAAGAAACGCAGACGCUUCCUGGACGACCAAGGCCUCGUUUGGGAGCUUCAGUCCGAAUCAUGCAAUACCGCACGCCAUCACAAGUGGCAGAAAUGUGUCCAAUGCAUUUCGAAGACCAAGGGAGACACGUGCCGUUUUGUCAACUUCCGUGCUUUCCUCGUCGAUCCUAGCACCGAGGAGCUGUAUCCCGCAGCACAAACAACCACCGUCAGGCCUGCCUUUAUCUCUUCGCCCGACCUCGAUGAGAUCAUGCACCUCCCUUCCGACAGAAGACUGGCUGCCAGCGAGUUGUCCUUGGCUCAGGCCAAUGUGGCCAGGUCGCUCCUCCCCGUUCUAGAGGCUGAGCUGCAACACGCUAAGCACGCCAAGAUUCUACGCAGGCCUAGGGAGACCACCUGUCGACAAAUGUGCGAGUUCUGCGCAACCAGCAUCUUUUCCGCAAGCUGGUUCUGCCAACGAUGCGGGAGGGAAUACUGUCCUGACUGCAAGCAUGCCAUUGAGCUGCCGGACGACUCGGAUCCUGUCCUGGCCAAGCGCAUGGCUCAGUGCGAUCGCCGCGUCCUCCGGGGACACACGGUUGACGACCUCGUUCCCUUGACUAGGUUCGACGUCACUCUUCUCGAACAAGAGAUUGGCGCUAUGCGAGACAAGCUAGUGGCCGACAAAGCGAAGCAGGGCACCGAGGCUGAGCAGGUUUCUGCGUUGGUGUCUGACCCGGCUGCCACUCGCAUCACCAGCUCAGAAGAGGAAAAGGAGGUGAUAGCAGCGGUCAAGUGGGAAGAGAUUCCAAAGCACCGCGCAGGCCUCACAGCGGAUGACAUCAUCGGCAGCAUGCCCUUGCGCUCUUUUGAGGCAGCCUCGUUCGACAUAGACGAUUUCAGACGAGAAUGGGCUAACGGCGAGCCGUUGCUCAUCCGCAACGUGACCACUAGCAUGAAGAAUGCGUGGGGCCCUGAAGAGCUCGCUGCACGUUACGGUGACGAGUCGUGCUUCGUUGUUCGCUCCGAUACAGACCCUGACCAGCAACAGCAGGUGUCUGUUGGCGAGUUCUUCUCCACAUUCGGGCAAGAUCGCGAUACCAAGGAGGAGGUGCUCGGAAAAGGCUCGUGGAAGCUCAAGGAUUGGCCGCCCUCCGCCGAAUUCAAACACGAGCUUCCGGAGCUUUACGAGGACUUCAACCGUGCCGUCCCGGCGCCCGAGUAUACGACAAGGGAGGGGAUCCUCAAUCUAGGCAGCUGCUAUCCAGCUGGAGUGAUCCAGCCUGACUUGGGGCCCAAGAUGUACAACGCAUGGCCUUCAAGUGAAGCAAAUGGAGGGCACGGCACGACACGGUUGCAUAUGGACAUUGCCGAUGCGGUCAACAUCAUGCUGUACGCGGCUCCUCCCACUGGCGACGACGUGGCAGACGAGCACCGGCCCGGUGUCGCUGUUUGGGAUAUUUUCAGGGCUGAGGACGCUGAAACGCUCCGAGCUUUCCUCCGAGAGAAGCACGCCAAGCUCAAGUUGCAGGACGACCCCAUCCACAUUCAGCGAUUCUUCAUCACAGCUCCUCAGCGUGUCGAGCUGUAUCGCAAGCAUGGCGUCCAGAGCUGGCGCAUCUACCAGAAAGCGGGGGAAGCAGUCUUCAUUCCGGCCGGCUGUGCGCACCAGGUGUGCAACUUGACCGACUGCGUCAAGGUGGCCGUCGACUUUGUUUCGCCGCAAAACGUCGAACGGUGCUUCAAGCUCACGGCCGAGUUCAGGGAGCUGCUCAAAGACUACAAGAAGGCAUGGAAGGAGGAUGUCUUGUCGUUGAGGACAACGCUGUGGUAUGCGUGGUGUACGUACAGAGAGAUGGAUGAGAAGGGACCCAAUGUGUGGGCCAAGGAGCAAGCUGAAGCGAAGAAGGAUCAAGGGGAAGAUUGUAGGAUUACGAAGAAGAUCCUGCAGGAGGCUUGA